AUGAAAAUUCUUAUAACCAUAUUUCGUUUACGGGCCAACUGCCACGUGCUGUCUCCGAAUUCCUCGGCUACACCAAUUAAGGAAAGUUAUAUCGAUCCAAAAGCGAAAGAUGUCACCGAAGCCAUCCUCGACUGCAUUCCCAAGUUCCUCGCCGCUUUGUAUUUUUUGCUCUACAAUGUGGAUUAUAGAUUUGAAGCAGUGGGAGGAGCGAAGUGGCAGGACGAUUAUCCUGGGUGGGAAUUGGAUCGACGAGAUUUUUGGGGUAGGACUGGUUGGGGUGGUGAACUGCAGAGAUAUCUCAGGAUGUCACUGAGCGUUAAAUACGGUGACCUCAUAGCUGGUGGGUUCAGUGAAAACGAGGUGACGUAUGGUUAUGAAUAUGAUUCUCGCUAUGGCUAUCAAUAUGGUAAGGAUAUGAUUCCUGACCUCAAAAAUAUUUUGGACAAACAUAGUCAUAAGUACAAUGAUUUCCGGGACGUGUUUUUUACAACAGUCAUUUCUAAAUCCGGCUUACAGAAAUCGAACACUGCGAACGUUCUUGCAUUGGUGAAAACGUUUUGUGAGAUUGUGCAGCAAAACCCUGAUGGUGGAAGUUUGAAAGCAGUUUUGGAAAAGGAGUUAGAAGGAAAGUGUGUUAAUUGGUCUAAUUUAGUAGCCCAUUGCAAAACUCUUGAGCAGCAACUUGGCAAGUUGUUCAAUAUCGAAGGCUUUUCCUUCACCGGCCAGGCGCGGCGUGUGGAUGAGCUUAACACUGAGAGAUUUGCGGGGGAGACGGCAAUAUGGUUUAGACAACAUUUGCACGAAGUUCAAAAGAAUGUGGAACAAAUAGAUACAAAUUUCCCAGUCGACGACACUCUACAUUUGAAUGUUCUUCAGCAAUUUGCAACAGAAAACCUAUUCCCCUACGGUUUUAUAUUUGGUGACCAAAGCUAUGGAACGCUGGGAGACGCGUGGAAGAAGUUGUCGGAUCAUUGGCCCAGUGUCAUAGAUAUGCUUGGCAAAAAUGGUGGCGGCUUAGCGGAGUUAAAAAGAAUUCUGGAUGGUGGACGGUGCCGUCCGCCGGCUCCCCCUCCAAAACCACGAUCAAGGCCGGCGCCUGCUCCCAGACCUCCGAGGCCUGCAAGACCUGUGCCACCACACCAGCCUUCCAGGACUCCGGCUGGAAGGACAACCGGUCCAAGAAAUGUUGGAGGUUGGUCGUCUGUUGGGAGUCAGGGUUCUGGUGCUAGAGGAGUGGGAGGGCAUAACCGUAGAAGCAUGAUCCAAGUUAGAGGAGGGGGGCAAAACAGUGGAAAGGCACGGGGGACCACAAGAAAUGGAAGACACCACUCAGGGCCUCGAGGUGCUUCAGGAGCCAGGGGCGCACAGAGAAGCAGUGUUCCAGGGCAUACGGGAUCUACUAAGCCCCAACCCUUACAAUCUCAAAAUGAUUCCCAGCGUCAUUCCCAACAACCUCCACUUGUUGCCUCCAGUGCUCCUGGAGACCCUGCCAUCCCUAUUCAGCCAGGGGGCCCGGGUCCAAUUUCAACAGACAGUGUUACUCCAGGUACACGGACUACUUCAUCUCCACAAGAUGUUCUUACUCAGACUCCGAGUGUCUCAGGUUCAAACACUGGGUCAGAUGGUGUCCAGGGGACUGGCCAACAUGGUGGUGGAGGAGCCGGGCCACCAGGUGGUGGGCACAGUGUUGGUCAAACACAGACUCCGUCUAAUAAUGUUAAAAAGUGUGAUGGUGUAUCCAUGUCUAUGAAUGGAAAGUCAGUGUGUUAUAGGCAGCCUACGAUUCCUAAGCCAACUAGGCCAUCCACCCUUUACCUUCCGUCCGAUGUUGAGGAGAAGAUUAAAAAAGCGGAUGUAGCGUAUCGCAAAAAGGAGGAAGAGGACAGACGCCAGGCGGAAGAGGCUUGGGAACGCAGGCGUCAGCAGAUGUAUGAUCAAUAUGACAGUGAAAUGCGUCAAAUGCAGCAGGCGCAAUUGUUGUCCGUUGAGGGCUUUAAUGUUAGCGAUGCGAUGGAUGGGAACGCUUUGCCGGACGUCUCCGCCCUUGUAGCGCAGAAACAAAAGGAGGCGGAGGAGAGAUCUAUAAGGCGUAAUAUUCAAUUUCUGCAAACAAUUCAAGAUGAUAUUAACAAUAAUCCUAAUAGUAAUGAUGCCGAUUCGGUGUUCAUGUCAGGCACUCCAAUCUCAGAGCCUGCCGCCCUGGUAGGGAGACCCGUGAAACAGACUCCAAACCACGGCCAGGCGGAAACAGAUGCUCACAAACAGCUACAGCCGAAUUCAAGUAUAGUCGUGGGUGAUAAGGUUUUGCCAACCCGCAAGCGUGCCAAGCCCCUUCUGCCAGUCCCCCCUGUUGGUGUCCCGAUGGGCCACCCAAUAGAGCCGACGAAACCCGCUCAGCCUCUUCCAAAGCCGCAACCCAAGAAAAUACGUCCAACAUUUCAUGAUACACCGAAAAAUAUUGUUUUACCUAAAUACAAGCAUCCUCUGAAGAGUCAUCCCGUCACUACCCGAUCCAUUCCAACAGCGCACAUUGACGACAAUUACCUUUCCAAAAUGUUGGAAGUUGCUGGUGACGAAGUAACAAGCUCACCCAUAAGCAUCCCAGCUGCGGAGGUACCAGAAGACCCUAGGCUAAAAAGGUUUCCAACUGUUCCGCUCGAAGGGGAGCCUAUUGCAGACCGCAAUGCACAAUCUGUCUCUAUGCCCCCAGUGGAGUUAGAACCCGCACCGCCGCCUCUACCCAUUGAAUUAGACAUUAAAAAAACAUACUAUCCCGAACUACUUUACCAGAAUGAUGAGCGGAGAAGUGUGCCCCUACCAUCGGUUGCGCUUCCUCCAGCCAUGCCGGAUGAUAUGUAUCUUGGUGUCCCACCUGAUGGACCACACUUGCCAACUAUCCAGGACAUUGCAGUUUUUGCUGAUCCCUAUCAAUGCCGCAACCCCUGGUACGUCCCCGAUUCCUCCACCGAUCUAACCCCUUCACCUGCCUCCCCUCCCCCAAACACCGACCAGCUGCCCCCUCCCAAGACCGUCAGGGAGAUGCUCCACUGGAUGGUUGGGUUGAACCAAAAGGGGUAUGUUGGGAUUAUUAAGGAGCAUAUUGAAGACCUUUUGAGGGAGUAUAGCAAGGAUGUAUCCCGCACUUUAGAUGCCCUUGACAUCACUGGGAAACCAUACACUCUGGAAGCUUCCCAUGUCGCCGGUACCCUGACUGAGGCGUGUCUCUACUCGGCCAACGUUCUCCACAAGAUUAAACACAAGGACAAUUCGAAGGCUGUUUCAGUCCCUGAUUUCAGCUCAGAAUAUUCCAAGCUUUAUUAUGCCUCGGACCCCGCCUGCCUCCUCUGCCAGCUGCGGGACUACGUCUACGCCUGCUGCCACCAGUUGGCGUUCCUUAAGUCGCAGUGUUCUCGGGAUCAAUCACAUGGUGGUUGGCAGGCAUGUGAAUAUGGCCUUCAUGUAAGUGUUUCCAACUCCCCCCUGCAGGCCUUUCUGACCGACGACCCAAGCUCCAAGUUCGAGACACAUCCCUUCGACCCGUGCGACAUCUGCCGCAAGAGCCGUGUCAUGAUGGGAUUUGAGGAAAAGGAUUCGCCUGAGAAAUCACAGACUGGCAACCAUCUUUACAACAUCCUCACUCCCAGCUGCGGCGGCGAGGAUCCCCUGCUGACACUGUCCUCCCACCUCACCUGUCUCACCAGCCGGACGCCGCGCACCACCGGGGAGCUUGUGUCUUUCUUCCACAAUUUCGGCAAUUCACUAUACAAGCCUCAUCCACACUUGUCCCAACUAGGCUCCGCCCUCUCCGAGCCACAUCGACACUGCCCCGACUGGGACCACCUUGCUGCCGACGACCUCAAUGCCAUCCAGUACAUCCGGGGCCCCGCCCCUCCCACCUCCAACCACGACAAGGACCAUCCCAAGACCCUGUCCGCAAUAAUUGGCUGCGGCAUCGAUAAUGUCGACUGCCCACAACUCAUGAAGACCAUCACCUACCGGGCCUACGCCCUGUACUCUCCGACCUUCGCCCAUACCUACCUCAGCUGGGCGGUGUACCUGGCAGACAGACUGUGGGACUCACUGCUCAAGCUUCACUAUGAUCUCGAGAACCUUCAAUGUCACGACUCCAAGUCCAAGCCCCUCCACCAGUGUACCAAGGCCCUGCCGCUGCUCUACUCUCACGGCAUCACGCCGCCAGACGGGACAGUGCAGUCCUCACUCACGUGUUCGGCUGCCGUCACCAAGCUGGGAGAUGUGGUCGCCGGAAAGCCUAUCGCAAGCCUCAUGACCGCCAUGGACGAGUUCCUCCACAGAGUCCGGGAGCCCUUCCUCUACACUGUGUUCACAGUGUGGCUCAUCGCCACGCUCUACAUCGCCCACUCACUGCUCUACCGCAUGGACGUGCUGCACAUCCGCUCCCAUCUUUUCACCACCAGGGCCUCCCACCUCAUCGACGUCAAGGCCUUACUCACUAAAGGCCGGAAAAUGCUGUCACUGUACAAAGACGUGGAUUACUUCGACGACGACGUUCACUCGUGA